AUGCAGUUCUGCAAGCAAUACAAUGCAGCAACAGCUGACAAAGUGGGGCAGGUUAUUCCAGUGGAGAUAACAGUGUUUCAGGACAAGAGUUUCACCUUCAUCCUGAAGACACCACCCACCUCAUUUUUGCUCAAGAAGGCUGCAGGCAUCGAGAAAGGCUCUGGCACCCCAAACACAGAGCAAGUUGGGCAGGUUACCAAGGCUCAAAUUAAGGAAAUAGCAGAGACCAAAAUGCCUGAUUUAAACUGCAGAAGCAUAGAGUCAGCGAUGCUGGUUGUCGAAGGCACGGCCAAGAACAUGGGGGUAAAGGUAGUGGAGUGA